UAGGCAAAUUUACGAAAAGAAGAUCAAGAUUCAAGACCAAUAGCCAAACGCCAAAUCCCUAAUAUUAUUUGUUCACGUCACAGGGCUGCAAUUCAUCGGACCUCUUGCCACGCAGCUCGUCUUCCCCACUAUCCUUCACCGUCCGCCGUAACAACGCUCGUCUCUCCUCAUCCCCACCGCCGGUGGGUGAACUUUCUCUUGUAAAGCCAAAGAUGUCGUCACUCGCCACUCUCCUUCUCAAUUGAUUCCCGCAACUCAACAAGGUUUUUGAGAAAUUAAUGGCUUCUGAAAAGGAUACAGAGAAAGACCAACUCGCUGCUUCUCUAAAUGAUCUUUUCACCAAUGUUUCCGAUAUGAUUAAAGGCGAGCUCCAGUUGAAGGAACGGAGGGGAAGGCAAUCAGGGGAAAUCUUUCAACACGAAAGUCACUAAAUUUCUAGAGCAUCAUCAAUUACCGACUUUGGAAUGCCAUUCAAAAAUCUUUUCCCAAAUAAUCAAUUUGUUAUUCUUAAGCAACUACAAGAAUCAUCCCUGCCGCUGCUAAGUCUUCAGAGAAGAUUCAGUUGUUCGUCGCAACCUGAUUCUUCCAACUGGGUUCAAAGCAACCAAUUGUUUCAAAGGCACCCCAGGUUGCAACUUUUCGAGAAAGGAUGGAUGAAAACACUUCAUCAUCUCAAGCAAUUUGUUGCUUACGUAGUUGUCACGGGUCUUCACCGCAACCCCUUCAUCAUGAGUCGCAUACUCUAUUUGAGCUUGGUCGAGUCGGAAGAAUGUAACCGUAUCGAAAAUUCUGAGUUUGGAAUUCAGAUCUUCAGGAGGAUCGAAAGACCCAAUAUUUUUUCCUGGAAUACCUUGAUUAGAUUCUUCUCCGGGUUAGAUCCCAUGAUUGCUCUGCAUUUUUACACGAAAAUGGUUAGAGAAAGAAUAUUCCCCGACACAUAUACAUUCACAUUCUUGCUCCAGGCUGGUGGGCCUAGUUUGGAUCUGUUUUUUGUGAAACAAGUUCAUUGCCAUGCUCUGAAAUUCGGUUUCAAUCACAAUUUGUUUGUUCAGAAUUCCGUACUCAGUGCCUAUGCAAUUUGGGACUCGGCAAUGGAUGCACGGAAUGUGUUCGAUGAAAUGUCAAACAAAGAUGUCGUUACAUGGACGAGCAUGAUAUCCGGGCUCGUCGCACAUUCCAAUUACAUGGAAGCACUUCGAGUUUUCAAAGAUUUGAUGGCCGAUGACUGCCAACCACAUCCAAAUGUUGUCACCACCAUCUCUGUAAUGUCAGCUUGUGGUGGUCUAGGAUAUGCAAAUCUUACUAAAUGCUUCCACGCUUUAUUAGAGAAGGCUGGAUGGAUCGAAACUGACGUUUCUAUUUCUAAUUCUUUGAUUGACGCCUAUGCAAAAUGCGGAGAUUUAAGCAACGCAACUAGAGUUUUCGAUGAAAUUCAAAAUGUGAAGAAGGAUUUGUUUUCUUGGACGACCGUUAUCACAGCAUACGGUAUGCAUGGCCGAGGACUAGAUGCACUGUGUGUGUUCUCUCAAAUGGAUCCACUCCACGGACUUGCACCCGAUGCAGUGACCCUUGUCGCGAUUCUUUCAGCAUGCGCACACUCUGGCCUGCUCGACCAAGGUUUGUGCAUUUUUGAGUUGAUGUGGAGAAGAUACAAAAUUAAGCCCGACCUUCGUCACUAUGGAUGCAUUGUUGAUCUCUUGGGAAGAGCUGGGAUGAUUAAACGAGCUUAUAGUGUUGUUGAGAGCAUGCCGAUGGAGCCUAAUCUGGCUGUUUUGGGAUCUUUACUGAGUAGUUGUAGGCUUCACAAUGAGUUGGAGUUUGGUGAAGUAGUUUUAAGAAAGAUCGAGCUUUUGAAAGAGAGAGGAGGAGCCUCGGUGCUCAUAUCUAAUAUGUAUGCUAGUAAGAACGAAUGGGAUCGAGUGGUUAACGUAAGGAACAAAAUGAGAGAGAGAAUGAAAGGAAAGGUUCCUGGUAGAAGUUGGAUUCAGGUUAAAGAUGCCGUUCAUGAGUUUGUUGCAAGAAAUGAUGUUGAUCCAAAACUGCACAUGGUACUUCGAAGUUUGGAAAAGCUCUCUACACUGUUAUUGAAGUGAAGGGUACUCUGAGACCAGAAAAGAUUGAUUGCUAGUCUAGUAAAAAAGGAACAUGCAUUUCAGUUGGCACGCAACCUUUCUGCAGUUUAUAAUAUGUUAUCAUUGCACAGUCCGCGACCGGAAGCUUCACAUUUCUUGUAGGUUCCGAUGAUCAAAGAGUUAGGUAAAAUGGGAUAAGCAGCAGGAGGUGGAAGUUGGCAUUCAUCCCCAUUGAAGUAAAUCUUCCUUGGAAACACUCAUCCCUGUUCGAGUGUAAACAAACAUAUCCCUGUCCUUCUUCAAGAGUCUCGGAUUGAACAUUUUCAAACUCCCCGGCUACAUGACUAGGUCCUCGUAGAAGAUGACUCAAACAAGACAUGUGUGAGAUGUGCUCACUGUGUGAAGUUCAUCUAGUCGAAGUUGGUUAUGGCGAUCUUAACACGCUGGUAGUCUCUGUAGUUGAGCCAGUGGACGUGUAUGAGCCACAUGUGUGCGGGACCGUGCAUUGUUGAUGCAUAUUGAAUUAACGCAAGGGGUUUGACAAUUACGACAACACUUUACUAGUUCAAACAGGCGGACGGUUAUCCACAUUUAGGAGCAUCUUCCCGGAUUCGUGUUUCUUGAAAAGCCUCCCAACAACUUCGUCCCAGUUGGUCCUCGCGUCUUUACAAACAGCAUGAGGUAUAUUCAAACUUACGGCUCUCUCCAACGCAUCCUUGUGCUCCUUUUCUAAUGUCAGCUUCCUGUUGAAUUUCUGUACCCCUGGCGGAGUAGUUACGGUCUCUGUAUUAAGCUCCUGCAUAUUCUGCAUCACG